GCUGCGCGGGCGGCGGCAGCAGCAGCAGCGCCAUGUCCUGGUACCGCAACACCGUGUGGUUCGUGAAGGGGCUGCGGGAGUACACGAGAGGUGGUUACGAGUCUGCUUCCAAGCGCUUCAACCCAGCUGAUGUGGAGGUGGAUGUGGCUGGAAGAUCCUUCCUGGUCACUGGAGCAAACAGUGGCAUUGGCAAGGCCACAGCCAAGGAGAUAGCGAGGAGAGGUGGCACGGUUCAUCUGGUUUGCCGAAAUAAGGAACGGGCUGAAGUUGCCAAAGAGGAAAUAGUGACAGAAACGGGCAAUCAGAAUAUCUUCUUGCAUAUUGUGGAUAUAUCUAAUCCCAAGGAAAUAUGGAAGUUUGCUGAAAAAUUCCGAAAUGAACAUAAAUUAAAUGUGUUGAUCAACAAUGCGGGAUGUAUGGUGAAUAACAGAGAGUUAACUGAAGAUGGACUUGAAAAAAACUUUGCAACAAACACUUUGGGUACAUAUAUCAUGACAACUGCCCUGGUGCCCCUCCUGGAAAAAGCAGCUGAUGCCAGAGUGAUCACUGUCUCUUCUGGGGGCAUGCUAGUUCAAAAACUAAACGUAUCUGACUUGCAGUCGGAAAGUGGGCCAUUUGAUGGAACCAUGGUGUAUGCACAGAACAAGAGACAGCAAGUUGUCCUGACAGAACAGUGGGCAAAGGCUCACAGAAAUAUCCAUUUCUCAGUGAUGCACCCCGGCUGGGCAGACACCCCAGCUGUGAGGUCAGCCAUGCCGGAUUUCUAUGAGAGGAUGAAGAACUCUCUGCGCACGGAGGCCCAGGGAGCCGACACCGUCCUGUGGUUGGCGGUGUCAGCUGAAGCAACAAAGCUGCCCAGUGGCUUGUUCUUCCAAGACAGGCAACCAGUCCCUACACACUUACCCCUAGCAUACACCCACAGUCCACCAGAGGAUGAAGAGAAGCUAAUGGAGGUGCUGGAAGAGUUCUCCCAGAAGUUUAAAUCUGCUUCUCCAGGAAUUUAGGGUCUCUGCUGACACUGUGUCACCGCAAAUCUUCUAAUUACACAGUAAUCUGCUGUUGAGGGGAAGUAGGAUGCCAUAGGCCUGUUAAAAAUGAAUUAGGUUCAGGUGUUCUUGUAAUGAGUGGUAGAGUGGCACCUGUGUAAUUUUCCUCUGCUGCCAAGUCUCUCCCAUUGUGAAUAUGCAGCUGCUGCCUGAAGACACACUAAGGUUGUGUUCUUUGGAUUGGAAGAAAAAUUGAGAAAACACUGAGCACAGAGAAAUGCAGAGGAGUGUACUUUCAGUAGCCUUUGUGAAGGACUUCAGGAAAGAACAGGGAAUGUUUUCCACAACUUUUAACUGCUGUAUUGGACAGGUUGGUGGCUUCCUUCACUGCAUGAGGGUGACUGGGCUCAAGCAUGUAACUGGGAAUGCAUAAACUCUCUUGCAGAGCCUGCUUAGUUUAAAGGGAAGGAUUCCUCACAGCCUUUAGUUUCUAUAAAUUAGUGCUGGUAUGCAGAAGUGAUCUGCUUCCUCAUGUUUAAACAGCAAGAAUUUAGGAACACUGCCAAAUGCCUUCCACAUUACUUUGUGGAGCCAGGGCUAAAUAUUAUCCCAUUUAUGUCAAAAUACCAUGAAGUAGGAGGUUUCAACACAACACACCCAGACAUGGCUGGAUCCAGCAGAGAAAUGGCUGCAUGACUGUAGGCACAAAAAGAAACAAUGUGCUAAGGUGUAUCUGCUUGCCAUUUCUGUGAGAGAUUAAAGGGAAUUGUUUUAUCAUUGUGAAUGGAUUAAGAGGGGAAGGGAGCACUGGUGUGGCACAGGUUUUAGAGGAGAAUGUACCUCCUGAUGAGAGGCUUGUAUUUUGUCUGGGUGUGUUUACUUCCAGACACAGAGGACAGGAUUCAUCCUGCCUGAUCUGUGGACAUUUGAAUUACUCACAGAGUUUCUCACUGUAAAUUGGUAGAGGGGAAAAUGGGCUUUUUCAUAGGGAUUUACUGGAUCCAGUUUGAGAAGCACCACCUACAGUGCUGAAUCUUUCUAAGAGUGCUGAAGACAAUCAGCUCAGACUAAGACUUUCUGGUGGGACUCAUUUUGUCUUAAUUAUUUCAGAUUUACUGCAAAGCCAAGACUAUUAUUAACAAAGGUAACACCUUUUCUCCUGAACUGAGUGUGUUUAUUAACCAGCUGCCUCCAGAACCAGCCAAGUUGCUGCAGUUUCACGUGUGCCUCACACCAGUGUGGUAAGACCAGGGACCUAAACACAAAUAUAACACAGAUAUUCCUGAGCUCUCUGCAGUGACUAGCAGCUAAAGACUGGUGAUGGACAGAGGAGAGCUCUUUCUGUCUUGCUUUACGUAAUUUAGUUUCCUCCUGAUGGUAUUUCCUCAUUAUUCAAAGAUCUCCUAUUAAGUAUCAGUUUAAGAAAAAUCUGCUUUUUUCAGCCUAUUGUCAAUCUCCCUAGAAGUAAAGACUUUACUGUCAGAGAUGCCCUGACAAAAAUUUUCCCAUGAUAAGCAGUGCUGAGACAAGUCCGGCUGUCACAGCUCCUCCCGAAGAGGCUGGGUCAGCAUUCAAGUUAUUGCCUCAUUUAUAAACUUAACUCCUUCUUGUCCUAUAGUGAAAGAAAACAACAGCAAGGCUUGUACAGAGGUUUAUUUCCUGCAAAUUUGGUAUUAACAUUUUCUAUGGUUUCAGCUGUUAAAUACAGUUACCCAAAACGAGAGCAUGGCUGGAAGCAUGUAUAGUAACUACAUUUCUUAACCCAAUAGCUGCAAGGCUAAUAAAAACAUUUGCAUUAUUUAGUAUUUACAUCAGUUUGCUUCUCAGCUCUGCAGUACAGAAGAAAAGUUUAAUGACUGGUAUUUAAAUAGUUCAUUAAAGUACAAAUUGUGCACUAUAUAUGUAUAUAUUUAACACAUUUUAGUUCACAUUCUACACUAGUGUAUUUGAAUAGCCUAUAUUUUUCAUUUUUUGUCACCGCUUAAAAAUUAAGCCAGUGAAGAAAACUGCUUUAAUCAAAGUUUGGUCACAGUGUCUAAGAGCAACAUGCUAUGGUUUAAGAGCACUUCUGAUUUAAAAAGAACUAAACAACAGGAACAACAAGUAGAAACUAAGUCCGGAGUGUCACACACUUUGGUAUUAUGGUCCUGCUGAUGCUUUAUUUCAGCCUGAUUCCACGAGAACAAACAUGGCAUGUGGCUGCAAGCCAGUGAGAGGAUCUGUCUAAUGCAGAGUGACUUGCAACUUCAUGUAAGUGAAUACAUUUACACACUCAAAGAUUAUGCUGGGUCAGAAGGGAUCCACAAGGAUCAUGGUGUCCAACUCCUGGCCCUGCACAGGACACCCCAAGAGUCACACCAGGUGCUGAGAGCACUGUCCAAAUGCUUCUUGAACUCUGUCAGGCUGCUGCUGUGAUCACUUCCCUGGGGAGCUGUUCCAGUGCCCAGCCACCCUCUGGGUGAAGAACCUUCUCCUGAUAUCCAACCUAAACCUCCCCUGGCACAACUUAAGGCCAUUCCUUUGGGCCCUGUCACUGGUCACCCCAGAGAAGAGAUCAGUGCCUGCCCCUCCUCUUCCCCUCACAAGGAAGUUGUAGACUGUGAUUAGGUUUCCCCUCACUCUCCUCUUCCACUUUAAAACUUCAUGAACAAAAUAAAAACAGCAUCCAGUGACAGAUGAGCAGAAGAUGAAGGUGGCACAGGUCCUUGUUAAGCAGUGCACACUGGGAGUCUGAGAGCACAUCUGGUUCUUGGGAAUGGAAUGACAAGCACAGCAGCUGCUCUUGGCACCCUUUCCAGUCCAGGCACAGCCCCACACUUCUUGUGGCAGCUUUGAGGCUUUUAUGACUCUGACCUCACUCUGAUAGCUUCAUAUUUUUCUUCAUUUUGUGAAGUCAGCUACUUGGGAAGUUUUUGCUCUCAGGGAUCUUGCAGAGGAAUGUAGCACCACAGAGCACAUGUGGAGUUGGUCAUUACCCUACAUCCUAAUGGAAAGGCACAGCCCAUCAUCGGUGCAGCAGGGUGGUGAUGCAGGGACCACUGCAACUUCUCUUUUUGUCUUGGAUGAAAAUUUUAGGAGGUCAAUGUAACAGGUAUCAAACAAUUUUGUAAACUGCAUUUUGUCUUUAGUUUUAAUUUCCAGGUCGUCUUUAUUCAUUGUUUAAAAAAACUCAAUAAACUAAAUCAACCUGCUGUUGAUUAAAGUUGUAAAA